CUUUUUCAUUGAAUGUUGAUUGUUCGCACGCAGCAACACGACAAGUCCAGAGCAAGCAUUUUCUGCCGACUCUUCUUAUCAAGCACCUAGUGUGUUUACAUCUAGCUCUUUCAAGCAGAAUGUUGUCUUUGUGUUCGUCAUGGUUUGUUAUGCCCUGGAGUUUCACCGCUCGAAAUUAAUAUGCGGGCUUGAUCGGGAGGCCUUAGGCCUAUGAACGGGCCUCUCACCGCACAUCCACCAGGAGCUUUGAUACACCGCCACAGGCCAUUUUUCGCGAGGCCAUUGGUUAUAUUAAACACAUUGAGCUCUCUUUGUUGGUUUGUUCUAUACAACACUGACUUUACUGGUCUCCUAUCUUCUGUCUCGUAGAAGAUCUCAGCUUUUCUUCGGCGCCGUCAACAAGAAUCACUAAACCAAUACCCAAGCACAUCAACAACAACAUGGGCAAAUUCAGCUUGCGUCCCUCGAUGGGCAGUCGUCCCUCUUCCGGAGUCUUUGAGAAGUCCAGUCGUCCUUCGUCUGGAGUCUUCUCGUCUUCCAGCCGACCCUCAUCUGGUGUUUUCGACAUCGCAGAGAUUCCCAGAUCGGAUGCAUCCGAGGCAAGCCUGGCCGACCUCGCUCAAGAUCUCAAGGCACUCGCAGACCAAGCCGAACAACACAAGCAGCACAACCUCGACAACUUCGUCCAGAUCCUCAGCCACCUCAAUGGCCUUCCUGCCAUGCUCGAGCACCUCGGCCAGAUCCCCGACGUCGUUAGCCUGAACCAAACCAUUGGCCAGCAAUCGCAACAGAUCGCCGACCUCGAGGCUCGUCUCGCCGCAUCAGAAGCCGCCCACAAGGAAGAAGCCACGGCUCACACUACCACAAAGGAUGAACUCUCGCACUGCAAGGCCAAUGUCGAAGCAAAGGAUGAGCGCAUCCACCACCUCAAGUCUCUCCUCACAAACAUCGAUCAGGACGUCAAGGAUGCGCGUCUCGCUCUCGAGACCAAGGACCUUGAGCUCUCUACCCUGAAGACCGAGGUGUCCAAGCUUAACUCGCUUGUCGCCUUCCAGGACCAAGAACACGCCCAACUCAGCGACUCCAUCACAGCCAAGGAAGAUGAGAUUAAGCAACUCCACGAAGGCCUUGCUGGCAACGACGCCGAGCUCGCACACACUAAGACUGUUCUUGCUCAACUGGACGCUCAGAUAGAGUCUAAGAACCAGGAGCUGCAUUCGCUACGCACUGCCAAUGAGUUGACCUUCCGUCAAUUGCUCGAGUCUCAGACUGCCAGCAUGGAACAGCUCUUCCAACAGCAGACCCACACCACCGAUGCUUUGACUCAGCAAAUCGUCGAAUUGAAGCAGCAAGUCCGCCUUCAGCAACAUCUCGAGGCCAACACUCCUCCCGCUUCUGCUCCUGUCAGCCCUGCCGUCUCCAUGGCAAGCAACGCCUGGGGCAUGCCUGGUCUCGGCAUGUUUGGCGGCAAGAAGCCCAAGAUGCACAAGCGCUCUCAAAGCCAGAUCGUCAUCAAGGCUCCUCACAAGUUUGAUGUGCCCGUCCCUACCAUGCUCUAAGCAUUGACUUGAGCAUUUGCACGCCCUUUUCGUACCCUCUCUGAUGAUCUCUGCAUUUGUUUUCGCUUCUCUUCUUGUCUAUGCCCUUUUUGCUGCUUUCUCUUUCUUUCCUUUUGCAAAAAAGCUUUACUGUACAUGCCCUUCAACGAACCUUUAAUGCUAAACGAGAAACACGAUUGAUUGUAUAUAUUUUGUAUCACAUUGCACUUGCC